AGAGUCCCCUCAGUUCCAGCAGUCGAACAACCGUCCUCUGACAGCAUGUGGGUCCAGGCCGCCGCUCUGCUGCUUGCCUGCUGCGUCUGGCCAGCUCAGUCUCAGAGAGAUGACAGCAGGGGGCAGAACAUCUGGGAAAACCCCAUCUCCUUUGACACCAAGGGAAACGAUAGAUGCAGCAUGAACUUUAAAGCCCAAGGGGAAGUCACAAAGCUGAGGAUUUCCUGCAGGGGCUCUGAGCGCUUCUACUGGUGUGAGUUUGUGGGGAAACCUCACACCUGCACCGCUUACAACAAAAGACCUCGCCACUACUUUGUUCAGAUGAUGUGGCAUCUGAGGAAGCUCCAAAACGCUUGCCAGGGGGAAAGACAGUUUAAACCCUUUAUGUGUAGAAUGGCACCUGAUGAUGCUCAGAUGGUUUUGGCAUCUUCCUCCAUUCAUCUGCCACAGAAAGAGGCCAUCAGAAAGUCAGCGGUACAACCGGCAAAGCAGCCUGUGCCACCUCACAGCCAGGCUGAACCUUCCAGACCCACUCCUACAAGGCACACACUGAGGAAAACAAUUCGAGCAAGCCAAAGAGUUAAGACCACCAAGUCACCCAGUAAAAAAGCAACGCCACCCCCAGGUGAGAGCCCCGCAGAGAAAAUGUCUCAACAAUACUGCUGGAGGUCACUGCAGGGCAUCUGCUCCUUCGUCAUCGGUGUAUUUCGGAGUUAAUCAGAGAGAUGUAAGCAUUAAGUGGACCUGAGGGAAAGUUCAGGAGACUUCCAGACUUCAGGAACAGAAGUGUUGCUCACCUGCCAAAGAGCUACUGUGGCUGGUUUCAGAAAUCCUUUUCCUACUGCAUAUUGUACCUGAUGCAUUUAUGCAUGAGUUAUCUCUAUGAAGAUUCACAAUACACUUUACAUGUUUAUGUCUGUUAACAUGUUGUGUUAUAAAUGAAAGUAUAUAUGUAUACCAUCAUAUAUUUGUGUCUCUUACUUCCAUUGUAUAAAAGAUAACUAUCUGAUCUUCACUUUUUGCCUUGAGGAAAGAAAAUGUGUUUGCCAUGCUCUGUUCUUAAUAGAGAUAAACAUCUCUGCAGUCAGCUGUUUUAAUUGUUUUUAUUUGUAAUACCCAUCUUUGUGACAACAAAGUAACUACAAGACACAAUUAUAUUGCUAUCUUUCAUAACACAUUUUAAAUGAUCUUUAAAGAUCCGCUUCUCUGAGGUAAAUGUUGUUUUUAACGUUUUGUGGAAUUUUCUGAUGAUGGGCGACAUGUAAUAAAAAAACGAAAACAGUU